CUUCAUUCUCAUGAUUCUUGUGAACCUGUCUAGUCUCUUUUGACCUGACUUUUAAUCAGGUUAACCUAUACCCAGAUUCAGCGUUAUUGCUUGUAGAGCCAAGUGCACGAAAGAGGUUUAAGUUCAUGUAAUUUAGUUAAACAAAGAGCACAUGGGUAGGGAGGUCAGGCAACAAAAGUUGUCAGUAGAGCGUGGCAGAGCAUUUAUAGAUUUCAGCUGGAGCCGUACAGAACAUCUCCAUCUGUGACACAUAGACCUUCUGUCUGCUUUUUAAAGUCUUCUGCGUACUUCAUGAAAACGCGUAAGAAAGAUUCAGAUAUCUCACCAUGGCCACAUUGCUGUGUCUAUUCUUCUCUUUGCUUGGCCUGGCUGUCAUGGGAGCAGUGAAGAACUGCCAUCCACAGUGUCGUUGUGAGGUGGAGAGCUUCGGGCUCUUCGACAGUUUCAGCCUGACCAAAGUGGACUGCAGCGGGAUCGGCCCCGGGAACGCUCCUGUCCCCAUCCCUCUGGACACCUCCCAUCUCGACCUCUCCUUAAACUCCAUCACCUCCAUCAGCGAUUCAAUGCUCUCCGGACCGGGCUACACCACCUUGGUCAGUCUGGACCUAAGCAGCAAUCUGAUAGCACAUGUCAGUCCCAAAGCGUUCUCUAAACUUCGUUACCUGGAGACGUUGGACUUGAGCAACAAUGCUCUUGAGAGUCUUGGAGAUGGCUGCUUCACUGGACUCCCUCUCGUUGAGCUGGACCUGAGUGAAAACCGAUUCAAAGAGUUCAGCCUUGAUCUCUUCACCACCAGGGCACAGGAUAUACCAAUCAUGUUGGACCUGUCGCAAAACCUUCUGACCUCCAUUACCAGGAAGACGCCUGGCCAUCCGCUAUACAUCAAGAGUCUUAUGCUUGCAGGGAACAGAUUGAAGAUGGUACCGGCGCUUAAUGGAAUCCCACUUCAGUAUCUCAACCUGGACGGGAAUCUCAUCUCCAGCAUUGACGCAGGAGCCUUUGAUUCGAUGACAGAACUGGUUCACCUGUCUCUCAGCGGCCUGUCUGACCUGACCCUGAUUCAACCAGGUGCUUUCAGGGGUUUGAGGAACCUGCAGGUCUUAGACUUAUCAAACAACAGCCGGCUUAAGACGUUGAGCCCAGAUGUGUUUAGCGGACUCGUCUCUUUACAAGAGCUCAAUUUGUCCAAUACUGCUGUCACACCAUUAUCAAGGGCCGUCUUUACCCAGAUGCCAAGCAUAAAGAGUAUAACUCUAGGGCAAAAUGUGCAUUGCUGGAAGACACACAAGCAAGGACAGUUUCACAGACAGAUUGGACAGGCUAAACCCAAUGAUAUACUUACCUGUGACAAUGCAGGAAUGAUCUUAUGAGCCUGAAAUGCCAGGAAAGACUAAUUUUCUCAUCUCUGUGCCUUAUUAGUAUCUCAUGCGAUCUUUUAUUUUUUUCUAAUUCAAGAUUGCAUGGUAUUUGCACAUACUAUGCCAACUAAGGUCCGCUAUUUUACUGGUGUUCAUCAUCAUAUUUUAACACAGACAGUGUAUUACGAUAACCCAUGCACUUUAUUUACCACAUUUCUGUUCUUCUACGUAAUGUCACAUGAGAUUUGAAGUGUGAUGUCAGCUCUAAUGUGAUGUGUUCAUUUUUUGUUUUGUUUUAUAACACGAUCAGUCUUAAAGUUUCAUAAGUUGUGUAUUGAAACACAACAGUGUAGCAGGUCAAUGCAGAAAAACAUUGGUUCCUUUAGACGCCCCUUAUAUGAUACAACUUAAAUGGCCAUAGAAGCUGUACAGUUUAAACUAAUGCAUACUGAAAUUCUCAGAAGGUGUAUUAGAAUGAUUUACAGUGGAACUUAAAGGAUUAGUUCACUUUCAAAUGAAAAUUACCCCAAGCUUUACUCACCCUUAAGCCAUCCUAGGUGUAUAUGAUGUUCUUCUUUCAGAUGAACACAAUUGGAGUUAUAUUAAUAAAUAUCCUGAUGCAUCCGAGCUUUAUAAUUGCUAUGAACCAGUCCAACGAGUAUGAAGCUCAAGAAAGUGCAUCCACCCAAAGCAAAACUCCACAUGGCUUCGGGGGGUUAAUAAAGGCCUUCUGAAGUGAAACAAUGCGUUUGUGUAAGAAAAAUAUCCAUAUUUAACAAGUUAUGAAGUAAAAUAUCUAGCUUCCACCAGACCGCCUUCUAUAUUCAACUUACGAAGAAAGUGUAACGCCUCUUGCAGUUCAAAACGUUUAUGCUAUGUUCUACGCUUCCAUAAUUCAACUUAAGAAAAAAGCUUAACUGACGCGACAUCAGUUACGCUUUCUUCUUAAGUUGAAUACAGAAGGUGGUCUGGCGGAAACUAGGUAUUUUACUUUAUAACUUCUUAAACAUGGAUAUUUUUCUUACACAAAUGCAUCAUUACGCUUCAGAAGGCCUUUAUUAAACCCCUGGAGCCGGAGUACGUUUGGCUUUGGAUAGAUGCACUUUCUUGAACUUCAUACUCGUUGGACCUGUUCACUUCCAUUAUAAAGCUUAGAUGUGUCAGGAUAUUUAUUAAUAUAACUCAGAUUGUGUUCAUCUGAAAGAAGAAAGUCAUACACACCUAGGAUGGCUUGAGAGCGUGUAAAGCUUGGGGUAAUUUUCAUUUGAAAUUGCCCUCAAUGUUUAAACGAUUAGUUCAAUCAAAUUUGGUUCAUUUAGAUGUUUUUACUUGUUUUAAAGUGGGGCGUUUAUUUUUUGAUAGAAGCACAAAGAAUAAAAUACAAUGUGGAAUUUAAUUAUUUAAAUUUUGCAUUUUAAUGUAAUUUAUUAGUUUAGCAGUGAAAUGUUUUCCUAAUACUGAACCUAAAAUAGGAUUUACAAACUACAAAAUAAAAUAUUUUCUACACAUCACUCAGACUGACGCUUGAGGGAAAUGUAACAUUUAUAAUUCCUAAGUCGUCAUUUCACAGACGUUUACUUGAUGUUGCUCUGAAAUUUUUGCACUUUGGAUGUUCUUAUAAGAUUUGUAUGGGAAAAAAAAAUUACAUGAUGGUUGUUCAUCAUGUGAGUUGAGGUAUGUUUUAUGUUUGUACAAAACUAUACUCAUAAUAAAAUAUAAUCAACUUUACAUAUAUAA